AUGGCGUGUGGCUCUUCACGUCAGUGGCGAGACCAAGAAGACUACUUGAAGGCGGACAGAUCGUUGUACGGAAGGUUGGCGGGCAAACUAGACAGCGCUGGUUUCGACCGACUCUCUAUAGAAGACGCGCACUGCCCCACAGACCUGUCGUUCCUGUCCAAGUUCAGCCGGACCACCGUGGUGCUGGGGGUGGUGGCCAUAGCCCGCAGCAGGGUGGAGACCGUGGAGGAGAUCCGGGGACGGGUUCGGGAGGCCCUGCGCUUCCUGCCGCCACACGGACUGGUGCUGGCCCCCGACUGUGGACUCGGCUUCCUGCCCAGGGACGUGCUCAGGGACAAGCUCACCAACAUGGUCGCAGCGGCAAGGACAUUUCCAGAGGCUUAA